UAAAAAAAUAACUAAAUUAACAAACUAACUAAUUAACAAUUGAUGGAAAUAGAAGAGCCCUUUUUUGAUUGUCAAGAUGAUAUUAAUUAAAGUUAAAAAUACAUAAAUAAGUUUCCUUUAUUUGAAUUAUUAGAGCAAAAGGAUACGAGCUAAUUGAGUAAUAACGAGGAUAGCUCAUUUUUUUAAGAUCAAUUUUAUUCUUAUAGCACUUCCUCAUAAUUAAUAAAUUAGGAUAAAAAUAUCUUUAAUGCACAAAAAUAAAAAAAAAGAAGAGCUAAAGUCUAAGAAAAUUAGAUUCUGAAUACGAGGCUACUCAACCCAUGUAGGACAAUCAAAUUUUUUUCUGGGAUUUCUAUAACUAAUGAUGGAAUUUUGAGGUUUUGUUACAGUCUUAGUUAAAUUAGUUUUGGUUUUUAGCAGCAAUUAGUUUCAUUAGUAGAUUUUAAUAAUUAAGAAGGAUUAGCAAAUCUCCAUCUUAGCAUAGAUCGUUCGCUACCAGCUUUGCCACUAUAAGAAGCACUUAAAUUUUAUAAAUAAUUUUACAAUUCUGAUUUCAUUAGAAUUUCAGAUAAAUUAGAAUCCUAUGAUAAUAUGAUGAGCAAAUUGAGGACAUAAAUUUAUAAUAUGAACUUGAAUGAAGAUUGCUUUCAAAAAAAAGAAGAAGAAUUUUAAGACUUUAUUUAGCAAGCUGAAUCUUAUAUUAAAUAAUAUGCAAGAGAAAACCCUAAUUAAAUGUUUUAGUAUACCUUUGGAAGAGUAAAUCAUAAACAGGGAGAUAUAGAAAUUACGCGUGCAGGCUAUUCUAAGUCAUAUUUAUAGUUACUUGGAUUGCAUCCUGAAACGUUUAGAAACAUUGCUUUGAGAUAAUAAAAAAUCGAAUUAAUGAGAAAUAAAGAAGACAUAUAAAAAUAAAGUUUAGAAGGAUUGAAGUAUAUUGGCCACAAUAAAAAAGAUUUCUUAAAAGACUGCUUUAUUUCAGAAAUUGUUACAUUUGAUGGAUUUCCUUUGAUACUUUAUCAAACAAAAAUUAAUGUGCGAUUACCUUUAAAGAAAGAGUAAAAAAAGUAGCUAAAUUUGGAAUACCCUUACAUUUUAAGCAUAACUUAGAUGGAUGUAGAACUUAAAUAAUUGUAAAAUUUAAUUCAAUAUCGACAAAAACUUUCACUAAAUCCAAAAUACCUUACCUUAGAUGAAUUUAUGUAGAAAGAACUAUCAUACUAAUUUGAAAGUGUGGAGUAUUCUGUUCAUUCUCAGCUAUUCCUAGAAAAGUAUUAUUCAGAUAAUUUAUAAUAACUUAAAGAACAAGAACAAAAAUUUAAUUAAUAAAAGUAUGCAGGCUAUAAAUUUAUCUAAUAGAAAUGA